ACGCCGGCCCUUCGCUCUUCCUACCGGUAGGAGAUACACGUCGUCACACGAGGUCUAGCAAACCGGCUAAGAUCACUAACAAUGGGCUUCGGUGAUCUGAAAUCCCCAACUGGACUUAAAGUCUUAAAUGACUUUUUGGCAGACAAAAGUUACAUCGAAGGGUAUGUCCCCUCUCAAGCCGACGUCGCUGUGUUCGACGCAAUUUCUGGGGCCCCAUCAGCCGACCUCUGCCAUGCUCUGCGUUGGUACAACCACAUCAAGUCCUUCCAGAAAGUGAAGGCCAGCCUCCCAGGACUGAAAAAAGCACUUGGUCAUUAUGGACCAGCUGGUGUAGAAGACACAACCGGUGGUGGUGAUGCUGCUGAUGACGACGAUGACAUUGAUCUGUUUGGCUCUGAUGAGGAGGAGGAGGAAAGUGAAGAGGCAAAGAGGCUCAAUGAGGAGAGGGUGGCUGCCUACAACGCAAAGAAGUCCAAAAAACCCACGUUAAUCGCCAAGUCUUCCAUCUUGUUGGACGUCAAGCCCUGGGAUGAUGAAACGGACAUGGUUAAGAUGGAAGAGUGUGUACGAACCAUUCAGAUGGACGGCCUUAUCUGGGCCCAGGCUUCCAAGCUGGUUCCAGUUGGUUACGGCAUCAAGAAACUGCAAAUCGGAUGUGUGGUUGAGGAUGACAAAGUUGGAACAGAUCAGUUGGAAGAGGCGAUCACUGCUUUUGAGGACUAUGUGCAGUCUGUGGAUGUUGCUGCCUUCAACAAAAUUUAAAGCCCCAAAGCAGAUGGUUGCAGACAUGCAAUAAAAGGCACUUCAAGACACUUGA